CACUGCCAAGCCUGGACAUUCAGCAACUUUCUAGCUUUCGAUUUAGUCCAAAUUUCAUCAAAUUUACGGCCUUUUUAUCGCCUUGGAGAGAACUCUAUUCGUGCAGAUAGUUUUUGAAAGGUAUGAGAUCGUUGGCUUUCUUCAAAGACGCGUUUUCCGUCUGAAAUAUGCGUUAGAAAGUGACAUUAAUUCACUGGUCUGAUUAUAUACAUUUUUAUACAUGGUUUAAAUCAUUAGUUAAUAUAGCGUAAUGAUUGUAAAGAAAGCUUUAAUUGUUGGGCUGUAUAUUAAGUGAUAUAAUUUUGUGGCAUAAAUUACUUCUAAGAUAGCCAUGAGAUUGUCAUUUAUGUACAAAUUUGAAGGGCUGACAAAGAGCAUGUUUUUAUAUACCGGUACAGCUAGGUCACAGAAUGGUUGGUUUCGCUAUAAAGCACUGUCAUAGGGCCAUUCCAUUUAAUAUACACACCCCCCUGUGGACGAAAAUUUCUGAGGGGGGUUGAAAAAGCCGUUUCUGAGGGGUUGUGUGCAUUGGCAUCCUUUGAUUUUUGCGUUUUUUCCGAGGGGUAAGGCAAAAAUUUCUUAAUUUCUGGAGUGGUGUUUGUGUCGGCACUUUGAUCUUUUUUUCUUAGGGGUUCAAAUUUUAUUGACUUCGUCCACAGGGGGGUGUGUACAUUAAAUGGAAUGGCCCAUAGCUUGUUGGUGCUAGCAAGUUCACUAAAGAGGAGCUGCCAUCCUGUUCGUGCAUUAACUAGGAGCAUUAGGGCAUGACGUCAUAAUCAGUUAUCAUAAUCGUCAAUCUUUGCAUUUAUUAUUUAGCAGAUCAUCAGAAUGUCUUGUCGUGGAGAAUUUGGUAGUCAUAGGGCUCAUGGUAAGAUUUGCUUUGCAUAAAUAUAAUAGUAAAAAUAAUAAAAUUUGAUUUAAAGUAAAAUUGUCUGGCGUUAGACAGUCGGAGUAAAAUAAUAACGGAGGGGCACAACUUAACGGUUAACCCAUUAAGCGCCAGUGCUCUCCCCUUCACACGUAAAAUCAUCUGGCGUUAUACAGAGUAAAAUAAUAAAGUAGGGCGCAUCAGGGCGCACUGUGACUCAAUGGGUUAACUCAUGGGCAGAUAGGCCAGUUAACCCAUUAAGCAUCAGCACUUGCCCCUUGACGUAUAAAAUCAUCUGGCGUUAGACAGAGUAAAAUAAUAAAGUAGGGUGCAAUGCGACUCAAUGGGUUAACUACAGGGUUCGAAUUGUAGCGGCCUGCUAUUCGCAAUUUGCGAAUGCAAAUUUGCUUUUUGCGAACACAACAUCAGCCAUUUUGCGAAUGACGUUUUGCAAAAAAGAAUGUGUUAAAGGUAGCCAGCGUGGCCGGCUCUUUUAUAAGAAGAACCUGCCCGAAAGCCCUAGUAAAAUUGAUCACACCUACUUAGUUAAUAUUCCAUAUUAACACCGCCCACUUGAAAUAGUUUUGUAUAAAUGUGACAUAAAAUGUCAGUUGUUGCUUUCAAUAAACUUUUUAAUUAAUGGAUAGAUAGCGAUUCAACUGCCUGGAAAAUACAGGCAAAAAACGUUGACAUUUCGAGCGAAGGCCCUUCGACUUUGUCUGGAAAUUAAUAGUAGACGAAGACCGUCCAAAAUUAUAUUAUGCUUUGCACCUGCCGUGGCUGUACUACAGUUAUAAAUAUAUUUUUUUAUAUAUAAACUUUAUUAAUAAUAUGUUUGCCUCAAAAGCCAAGGCUUAUCAAGGUGGCGCAUAUUGAUAUUCUAUUGCAGUAAUAAAUAUAAUAAAUGACUUAGGAAAAAGUAAAUAGACCCCUUCCCAUGUUAUAUACACGCAGGUUGGUAUUUUAAAAGCUUCAAAGAGAGCUUCAUAUUAUUAUGGUGUAAACACAAUGGGGAAUGUAUUAUUUUACAUAAUCGUAAUUUUCCAGCCAGCAAAAUAUAAACAAGGCAAGAACAGCCAAGGUUUUAUACUCUAUACUGUAGUGGCCAUACAAUAAAAUCAUACGACAUACUGUAUGCAGUAGGAAAAUUGCUGAUUACUGAGACCGAUUAUUUAUAAGCCGAUUAUCGUAAGUAAUGGGCCAAUUAAUCGGUACCCGCCGAUUAUUUUAAAAAAACAAGCGAAAAAUCACAAGACGACCAACAAUGAAGUUGUAAAUGCGGUUUUAUUGUUACAAUACACAUUAUGUACAAUUGAAAACAGCUUCAAUCUUGCAUGUCUAUAGUCAAAGUUUAGUUUUGGCAGAUUAUGGUGUAGAAACAGGAUACUGUCAGCUUUGCUGAGCUAGUCUGACUGCGUUUUUCAGUGGAAAUGUUCCCAGCUUCACUUCGCUCGAGACAAAAGACACAGGUUUUGCAACAAAAUGUGAAAAUCUAUUCGCUUGUAUUCAGUAUUUUAGCAUGUGCUUGGCAGCUACAGAAAAAAGUCUUAUGGCCGAUUAUUUGCCGAUUAUCAAACAACAAUCGGCCGAUUACCGAUUAUUUAAAAAACAGCCGAUUAUUUACCGAUUAAUCGGCUCAUCCCUAAUAUGCAGUAAUAGCAGUAUGGCUUGCCUUAUUCUUUUUAGAUACCGGUAUAUGUUACACAAUAUUUUACACUUUGUCUUUUGAAUUUUAUAUUUUAGCUGACAGGUUUACGCUUUAAUAGCGAUGCCGUUUGUUUUUACUGUAUUUUAAUAGUUUUAAUUGUUUGAAUAAAUUAGCGUAAUAUGUCAAUCAACCUGUCGUCAACGUAAAUUCAGCCAAUCACAAUAGACCUUUCCCCUUUUAAGUGAGAUUUUCAUCUAGACAAGUCUGGACAAAAAUUUCAUCACAGCUUGAAAGAGCAUCACAAAAUUAUUAAUAUUCCAAAGUUUCGUUGCAAAAUGUUGUUUUAAUGCGGAUAAUAUAGUCUUGCGAAGUUUGCCGUUUUUCAGUCAUUUUGUAUUACAAAUGGGAAAUUGAUAAUCAGAUGACCAAACUGAUUAUCAAUUUCCCGUUUGUAAUACAAAAUGACUGAAAAAACGGCAAACUUCGCAAGGCUAUAUUAUCCGCAUUUUACAACAUUUCGCAACGAAACUUCGGAAUAUUACUAAUUUUGUGAUGCUCUUUCAAGCUGUGAUGAAAUUUUUGUCCAGGCUUGUCUAGAUCAAAAUUUCACUUAAAAGGGGAAAGGUCUAUUCUCGGCAGCUGGCUGCCGAGAGUGAUCAAUUUUACUAGGGCUUUCGGGCAGGCUCUUCUUCAAUUAUCUGCCCUAUAAAAGAGCCGGCCACGCUGGCUAUGUUAAAGGUUGAUUUUCACAAUCACUUCGAAUGUAGUUUACUAUAAUGUAAGAUAUGGUGUAUUGUGCCGACUAUUAUUGUAAUUUUGUACUAAAAGGAUGUGUGAAAUGAAGAAUUACUGUAGGCACAUCAACAUGGGCAGAUAGGCCAGUUCACCCUUUAAGCAUCAGCGCUCUCCCCUUGACAUCUAAAAUUGUUGAAAAUAAUAAAAUAGGGCACAUCAGGGCGCAAUGUGACUCAGUGGAUUAACCCGGCCAUUAAGCGCCAGCGUCUUCCCUUGACGAGUAAAAUCGUCUGGCGUUAGACAGAGUAAAAUACUAAAGUAGAGUGCAUCAGGGUGCAAUGCGACUCAAUGGAUUAACUAGACACAUGGGCAGAUAGGCCAGUUAACCCAUUAAGCGCCAGCGCUCUUCUCUUGACGAGUAAAAUCGUCUGGCAUUAGACAGAGUAAAAUACUAAAGUAGAGUGCAUCAGGGUGCAAUGCGACUCAAUGGGUUAAUGGACCAACAUUCCCCAAUUAACCAAAAUGUUGAUCUCAACAAGUCUAGACAAAAUUCCAUCAUAGCAUGAAAGAGCAUCACAAAAUUAGUAAUAUUCCAAAGUUUCGUUGCAAAAUGUUGUAAAAUGCGGAUAAGAUAGCCUUGCGAAAUUUGCAAUUUUCAGUCAUUUUAGAUCACAAACGGGAAAUGGUUACCACUUUUCCAAAAUUUUGAUCUUAACUAGUCUAAACAAAAAUUUCAUCACAGCUUGAAAGAGCAUCACAAAAUUAGUAAUAUUCCAAAGUUUUGUUGCAAAAUGUUAUAAAAUGCGGAUAAUAUAGCCUUGCGAAGUUUGUAAUUUUCAGUCAUUUUGUAUUACGCACAGAAGUGGUAACCAUUUCCCGUUUGUAAUCUAUAAAAUGACUGAAAAUUGCAAACUUCGCAAAGCUAUAUUAUCCGCAUUUUACAACAUUUCGCAACGAAACUUUGGAAUAUUACUAAUUUUGUGAUGCUCUUUCAAGCUGUGAUGAAAUUUUUGUCCAGACUGGUUGAGUUCAAAAUUUUGGUCAAUUGGGGAAUGGUCCAUUAAUGAUAGAAAUUUACACUUUUCCUUUUCUUUUGUUAGACGAUUAUGGAGGUACUAGCUCUGAAUACGAACGUUUAAGUAAACAAGUUGGUAAUAAUAUUCAACAAAUCAGCAACAAUGGUAAGGACUUGUUUCGUCACUAGUGCAUGAUGAAUAUGCUUUUAGAAAUAUUUAUAGCUCCGCUAAGGCAUAAAAAAAUACCUGUGGUUCCGGUUUCAUAUCGUGAAAAAAUUAGGGUCGGUAGGUCGGAAAUAAUUUUUUUUUUAAAAUAUUUUUUUCAUGGUUUUGGCGGUUUUUUGUUGGGCGAUUUGAAGUAGAAUCCCGACAUCAAUAUUACAGGUAAACUACGUGAAGCGUUCCUCUUUUGACUUCGUAACUCAUUUGGAAUUUUCCUCGUUAGCUUUGCAAAUUUGAAAAACUCUUUGCAAAUCCCUUGAGGGAAUUUGCAAUGUUCCUAUCGGCUGUUGCAAUAUUCCAAACUUCAUUUUAAAUUUUCCUAACUUCCUGUUUUAAUUUCCUAACUUCCUGUUCUGUUCUGAGCGUUGUUAUUGGUCGAUUAUUUUUGUUAGCCAAUUACAACGCCCAGAACAGAACAGGAAGUUAGGAACUUGUAACAGGAAGUUAAGAACUUCUAACAGGAACUGAGGAAAAUUUUUUUGGCUUUUAGCAACAUUGCAAAUUCCCUCAAGCGAUUUGCAAGGGAGUUUUUUAAAUUGCAAAAGUAAUGAGGAAAAUUGCAGUCAAUUUAGAAACUCAAAAGAGGAACGCUUCACGUAGUUUACCUGUAACUAGAGAUGCGUAAUUCCUAUGGACGAAUUUAGGCAAUUUGGUUCAGUAAUCCACACCGCAACCCGUAUGAGCAGCCCGCAACCACCUGGAGAAAAUAGGGUCGCACGGUCAAUCGCGUUGAAAAAAUAAUAGGGUUGGCAGAAAAAAAUAGGGUCGGUCGGGAACCGGAACCACAGGUAUCUUUUUACGCCUAAGUCAGUUCUACAAUUUUAAUGAAACUUUUAGUAAAUGUGAUGCAAAAAAUGGUGAAGAAACUUGGAACGACGGAAGAUGCGAUGCAAGUUCAGGACAGACUGUGAGUGUGUGUUUGUGUUUCAUUGAUGAUGACCAAUGACUACUUUGCGCGACUUUAAUCUCGCGAUUUUUGUGAUUGUAAAAAAAUCACGAGAUUAAUUAAAGUUGUGCACCAGGUUGGAAUCCGUCAAAAUUCUUUGCCGGAUGUUACACCCAUAGAUAUCUUAUAUACACUAGAUAGUGCAUCUAAUUAUUCUGCAAUUCAAAAAUUGAAGCCGUGAUUGCAGUCUCAGGUCGUUCCCAUGCAAUGAGAAGAUUCGUAUGUUUUCUAUUUCUUAAACAGGGAACUUAAACAUUAAGUUAACCCUAUUCCAAAUACGUUUUUAAACUAUUCAAAUGAUGAAAGUUAUUGUUGGUUUUAAGCGUUUAUUAGCAAGUGGGAACGACCAACAUGGCCGCCAUCUAUUCAAAUGGGGGUAACCGCUGGAAUAUUCUUGGCUUCAAUUUUACUAAAAGAGAUGCGCUAUCUAGUGUAUAUAAGAUAUCUAUGGUUACACCAAACUUUGUGAACAAACCUGGGUUGUGCAGGGGAUAAAAAACCUCGUGAAAUUUACACAUGCGAAGUUAAAUACGCCAGUCAAUUUAUAACAAAUUAUUUGGCAAUAGUCUUAGUAUUAUUAGGUACAGUUUGUAACUUUGUCUUCUUAGGCGAGACUUUUUUUAUUCAUUGGUUUACGGAUCCGCCGACCGUAAAUAUUCAGAAAGUGAAAAAUAAAAAAAAAUUUGGAUGUUAAAAAUUUUACAAUUUUAGUUAAUUUUAAUUAAUUUGGGGUUCUGACAUGAAGUACACUUCAAGUGAACUUUGACUCUAGGUACUGCUGGCUCAUGUUAUCGUUGUGACAAUCAAUAUGUAGAUUAGCCAGGUUUUUUGCGUGUUUUUUUUUGAGUUGACGUUAAAAAUUUUUAUAAAGAUUAUUAAUUUCGGCUCUCAUUUAUACUCAAUUCGUUUUUUUUAAAUUUUUUUUUCCGACCUACCGACCUCUUAUUUUUAAAGUAAAAUUUGUAAACCAAUAAAUAAAAAAAGUCUCGCCUUACUGGCAAGAUAUAUGAAUAAAAUGAGGGGUAAAAACAUUGUGGACUACAUUUUGAAGGUUGUAGUUCGGAUUUUUAUAGAAAAUAAAAUGUUGUUCGGAAGAAAUCUUUCUCGAAAUGUAAUGCCCUCUUUCUAUUUCCACCUAUCAAAAUCCCGAAAAUAAGGCCUUGCAAAAUAUUGCCUGAAAAAAUCGCGAAAUUAAGUACGCACAAAAUCAAGUACGAAUAUGGUAAAAAUUCUUCAUGAAAAUUUCAAGGCUUGCUAAUUUUCUGAAUAUACAGUAUUAAAAGAAUUUCUUGUCAUAUUUUUUUGGCAUGUCCUUUUGGUACAAGUGUAAGAAUAGUAAAUAUCUAUAUUUACUACGUACAUGUAAUGGUUUUUAAAGACAAAUGUUGUGGCCCCCGUGACCCCACCCUGAAUCACUUGGCUUCAUCAUAAUUGAUGUGCAAUGGACCAUUCCCCAAUUAACCAAAAUUUUGAACUCAACAAGUCUAGACAAAAAUUUCAUCACAGCUUGAAAGAGCAUCACAAAAUUAGUAAUAUUCCAAAGUUUAGUUGCAAAAUGUUGUAAAAUGCGGAUAAUAUAUUCUUGCGAAGUUUGCAAUUUUCAGUCAUUUUAGAUUACAAACGGGAAAUGGUUAUUACCACUUCUGUGCAUAAUACAAAAUGACUGAAAAUUACAAACUUCGCAAGGCUAUAUUAUCCGCAUUUUACAACAUUUUGCAACGAAACUUUGGAAUAUUACUAAUUUUGUGAUGCUCUUUCAAGCUGUGUUGAAAUUUUUGUUUAGGCUAGUUAAGAUCAAAAUUUUGGAAAAGUGGUAACCAUUUCCCGUUUGUGAUCUAAAAUGACUGAAAAUUGCAUAUUUCGCAAGGCUAUAUUAUCCGCAUUUUACAACAUUUCGCAACGAAACUUUGGAAUAUUACUAAUUUUGUGAUGCUCUUUCAUGCUAUGAUGGAAUUUUGUCUAGACUUGUUGAGAUCCAAAUUUUGGUUAAUUGGGGAAUGGUCCAUUAAAAAGCAGUAUUUCUACUGUGUUUUCCAGGCAAAAAACAGAGAAGACAACAAAAUCGCUUGCCAGUGAAACCAGCUCAAUGAUAAAACAGCUUUCUUUGUUAGAAGCAGAUGACCCUAAUGAACAGGUAGAGCUUGCUAAAAUGAGCUUGGACCAAACAUCACGCCACAUUUCAUUAAUUUUACGUACCUGGUACUCUACACUGUGUUUAUUAUUUUAGAGACAAAGAAAAGUUCAAAUCAGCAGACUUCGGGAUAAUUUCAUGAGUGCAUUAAAUGACUUUCAAAAUGUUCAAAGAGUAAGCUCAUAUUUUUUGUUUACUUUUCAGAACUUGGUUUUUCAAGCAUUAUAUACCCUUUAUUAUUUUCUCUUUCUAAAGCCAGAUGAUUUUACUUGUUUUGUUGUUAGGAAGCCGCAGAGAGGGAAAGAGCGUGUGUUUCACGAGCGAGAGCGGCGUCACAUUCUGAUAACCUUGUCAAUGUAAUGUAUACAUCUUGUGCAUUUAAUAAGCAGUCUUCGCAAUUUUAAUAAACCAUUGCGAACAAAACAUUGCUGAUGAUAUUUUACAGUUUACCUGCAGUUCGACUGCAAUUUUGUCCCAAAAUGACAAUUUUAAGAUGUAUGUUUUUAAUUAAAAACAAGACGCCUGCUCGGGCGUUCACACUGGCCUCGUGGUUGGUAAAAUACCAUCGCAAUACUCUAAAAAAUAAUUUCAAACAUGUAGAUGUUCUUCACUUCUUGACGGCCGUCACUUCAUGAUCACAAACGCUUUACAGUCAACUCGGCCCACUAACCAACUCGGCCCACCGUUCAAGGAACAACUCCGCCUGCUCGUAAACUGACUAAUCUAACCAUUAAACAAGCUAGGAGCCAUGACUGCAUUCUAUCUUUGCAAAUUUUGAGAGAGAUUUGAAUGAUCAGUAAUUUAGUAUCAAAACGGACAGAUUGUGAAUUUAAAACUUCGAUAGAUUCUUUAUUUUAAUUAAAUUAAGUCAAACUGGAUGUUCUCAAACUUUACUCCAAUGCAACUGCAAAUGGCUGUAUUCGUUUGGUCCUAUCUUUUGUAAAAUAUUAGCUUUCCCAAUAUGUCAAACAGUAGUUAACAAUUGGACCAAGAUGGUAUGGGCCGAGUUGGUCAGUGGGCCGAGUUGACCAGCUUCCAUCACAAACAUUCAGAGGACAGAAAAGUUCAAGCUCAUGCGCAAUGAAAUAUAAUAAAUACGUCCCACAAUCACAGCGUCUAAGAUUUGUAACGUAGUUAAACACGAAAGUCGUUCUAUUAACAUUGUGUAGAAUUGGUCCUAAUAAUCGUCGUGAGCAUGUUUUAGCUGAAUUGCGCAAUCCUGAGCCCACGAUGCCGCAAUGGAAAGUCACACUUGCGACAACAAAAAACCCCCCGAAAAAGACAGCAUUUUCAAGCAAGGCUCAGCACUGGCUGCGGCCAGUGUCAUUAAUAGUUUGAAAUUAAUUAGUGUCUUAAUGAUUGUUAUCUAGUUUGGUCAGUCGGAAUCAAGCGGAAUUUCAUAUGAUCAGUAAGUAAUGUAGAAAGAACAGUUUAUACAAAUGAUAGAGUUGCACUUUUUGAAAGAAGUAGUUGUCUAUGUUGUGCCAAGCGUACCACUCGCAUGGGGGGGGGGGGGAUUUGAAGAGUAUUGUGUAAAAUUUAUGUUACCAAACAGCGAAAAAUUGCCAGCAGGGUGUUAGCUAGCCCAUAUACUGUCCGUUUGACGGACUCUCCCAACUGAAGUAGCUAAGGGGCUUUCCCAACUGGGUCUACUGGAAAAUUUUCAUUUUUUCUGAUGAGAAAGUGCAUUGCGUUUGAUUUUAUAUUAUUAUAUCAAAGAACGUUUUAUUUACUUUUUCCCAUUAACUAUUUUCUCAAAAUGUACCGCGCUUCAUUCAUAUUGGGUGUGUAUUCACUGAAAUGAAAUGUACAAAACAAAGUGUAAUCUGUGUAAAUCCGUGUUCUUUCACUGGAAAUGAAAUAUACAAAACGAAGUGCCAUCUGGUGCAUAUUUCAGUGUUCAUUCACCGGAAAUGAAAUGUACAAAACCAAGCUACCGUUGUUUUCAUCUAAGGAGAAACACGUUGGAAAAAAACACUAUUUAUUCCUACACAAGGACUUUGAUCGGUCAAGAAAACUUUCCCAAUUUACGUUUAACGGACAAAACUUUUUUUCUGGCUAACACCCUGGCCAGACUGCCGGCUUCUAUUGAGAACCCUGGUCAGGGGUCUCUAAAGUUAGGACAGUCGCAGGCACAUAUCAGAAACAAUACGAGUUUCUUGCGGGCACAUUUCCUAAAACAGAAGAUAUCAAAUAAAAUUUAUCUUUUUGUAUUUCUUAAUUAUCACUUAUCAAUUAAAAUCUGUAGAGUACAACUACUACAUUUUGGUCCAUCAUUGUUCAUGAAAGUCUGGACGUGUUCAAUCAGUUGAAGUUUCUAUUUUGUAAAGUCAUUGAUGAAAACCAGGGGCGUAGGAACCGGGAGGGCCAAGCCCCCCCCCCCCCAAGUUUUCAGAAAAGUGAAAAGUGUUGUUCAGAUUGCAUUUUUUAUGAUUGCAAUUAUUUUUCCCUUGAAACCCCCCCCCCCCAAUCUUUUGGUGCUUCCUACGCUCCUGAUGAAACCUGCCAGUUAUGGACAAACAACUUCAGUCAUUAACAUUUGAUCAGGGCUGCAAAUAAAUAUUUGACUUGACAGGACAUUUGUCCGAUCACUUUUAAUUUUGGUCGGACAUAACUUGAAUUUGGUCUGACAAAAACCAACACCACUAAAUUUGGUCGGACAUAUAUACAUCACAAGAUAUAUAUAAGUCACGAGACAAGUAUGUAUAGCCAUUCCGGCGCAAUGUUACUGUAAGUAAAAUGCUAGAAUACCUUGUAAAUGUUAUUGCAAAAUGCAAAUUGAGUGAACUUGCAAUCGGAUUUUGUCACAGCACAAAAAUGUAUAAUGUGACAAUUUUUUUGUGAUCGGACCAAUGUCCGAUCAAAAUUACUUUUGCUCGGACAUUUGCCAAAUUUAGUCGGACAUUGUCCGAUGUCCGACAGUAAUUUGCAGCCCUGUUUGAUAGUAGUUAAUUUUACUGGAAAACUUGCACAAAAUCAUGAAGAACUGUACAAAGGCCGCUUACAAUAGUCAUUAAUGGCAUUUAGCAUUCUUCAUGCCGACAUUUUGCAGGCACAUUUUCAAUAACUUUUGCGGUCCCAGGCAUGCAAAAAUGUUAUAGACCCCUGACCCUGGUUAUCCAGAUAUGUUAGUUUUGUUUGUUGAUGAAUUGUAAACAUUGUAAAAUCUUUUCCCAGCAGAAAUCAAUCCACAAACAUUCAGAUUCAACAAGAAGAUGAGGUUUCGGUUGAAUUGAUCGAAGAACGAGAAAGAGCGAUCAGACAGCUUGAGGUUUGUAGACUUAGCGAAUCUUAAAAAUAUCCACGUUAUAAAGGCCCCAGCAACCAUUUUUAUGCCACAGACAGCUCAAGAUUAUCUCCAGUGAACUAACCAACGUACACACACUUUAUUCGACAGAGUGAUAUUAUGGAUGUGAACGAGAUAUUCAGAGAUUUAGGAACCAUGAUUCAUGAACAGGGCGAAAUGAUAGGUAAGGAAUCAAUAUCGUUCCCCGAGCCUGCGAUCCUCGGAAAGGAACGUGAGGUUCAGGGCUAAUCCGUUGCCGGAAGCCAGGAAUUCUGGCUGAGACCGAACUGCGCAUUC